GCAGUGUUCACUCUGAUACGAGCCAGUCUUGGGGAGGUUUCUCGGAUUCUCUGGCAGAUGAAAACAGCUGUACCAGAGCCCAGAAUGCAACUCGGUUGCUUGUCUCGACUUCGUUCUUAGCCUUUCAGCAGUGCAUCCAUAAUGGCAUCACGGAAUGGUUCCCGGACCUCCUAAUAUGCCCUCGAUUUAUACAGCGAGAACGAGGGCACCCGGACCAUCCUCAAAAUGACCACCGGCUUCAGCUCGAACUCCUGCCGAUUCGCAGAUUACUUCGUUAUCUGCGGAUUGGACACCGAAACUGGGUUGGAACCAGACGAACUCUCCGCUUUAUGCCAGUAUAUAGAGGCUACUAAAUUCAGAGAUGGGGCCAGACGAUUGUCAGCGAGUGGCGAAGAAGGUGAGAAUUUUGAGCAGAGUCCCCUGCGGAGGACAUUCAAGUCCAAAGUCCUGGCACACUACCCCGACAAUGUGGAGUGGAGCCCCUUUGACCAGGACGCGGUGGGCAUGCUGUGCAUGCCGAAGGGCCUGUCGUUCCGCACGCAGGCGGACUCGCGGGAGCCGCAGUUCCACUCCUUCAUCAUCACGCGGGAGGACGGCUCGCGCACCUACGGCUUCGCCCUCACCUUCUACGAGGAGGUGACCAGCAAGCAGAUCUGCAGCGCCAUGCAGACGCUGUACCACAUGCACAACGCCGAGCAGUACGACAUCCUGCACGCGCCGGCCCCGCCCCCAGCCGCGCCCGCCCCCCACGACGACCGCCGCCACGUCCUGCACCCGUCCCCCGCCCUCUCCCGCCUGCAGCGCUUCAACUCCUACGACAUCAGCCGCGACACGCUCUACGUCUCCAAGUGCAUCUGCCUGAUGGCGCCCAUGGCGUUCCCGCAGGCCUGCCGGAAGGUUCUGGAGCAGCUGCACCGCGCCGUCUCCUCCCCGCAGCCGCCGCCGCUGCCGCUGGAGAGCUACGUCUACAACAUCCUGUACGAGGUGCCGCUGCCGCCGGUGGGCCGCUCGCUCAAGUUCUCCGGCGUGUACGGGCCGAUCGUGUGCCAGCGGCCCAGCACGUCCGAGCUCCCGCUCUUCGACUUCCCCAUCCGGGAGGUGUUCGAGCUCCUCGGGGUGGAGAACGUGCUGCAGCUCUUCACCUGUGCCCUGCUGGAGAUUCAGAUCCUGCUCUACUCUCAGCACUACCAGCGGCUGAUGACGGUGGCAGAGAGCAUCACGGCCUUAAUGUUCCCCUACCAGUGGCAGCACGUGUACGUGCCCAUCCUGCCCGCCUCGCUGCUGCACUUCCUGGACGCGCCCGUCCCGUACCUGAUGGGCCUGCACUCCAACGGCCAGGACGACCGCUCCAAGCUGGAGCUGCCCCAGGAGGCCAACUUGUGCUUCGUGGACAUCGACAACCACUUCAUCGAGCUGCCGGAGGACCUCCCGCAGUUCCCCAACAAGCUGGAGUUCAUCCAGGAGAUCUCGGAGGUGCUGAUGGCGUUCGGCGUCCCCCCGGAGGGCAGCCUGCACUGCAGCGAGACCGUGUCCAAGCUGCGGGACUUCCGCGCCGGCGACGUGGCCUCCGACAAGCGCAACGGCAACCUGGCCGGCUCACCGCUCCACUCCUACCUGCUGAAGGAGAACCAGACCAUCGCCCGCCUGCAGGCGCUGGUCAAGAGGACAGGCCUCAGCCUGGAGAAGUUGGAUGUGAAGGAUGAGGGCAGCAGUAACAGGGACCUGAAGGUGCAGUGUGAUGAGGAGGAGCUGAAGAUGCAUCAGCUCAACAUCCAGGUGCGCGAGGUCUUCGCCAACCGCUUCACGCAGAUGUUCGCCGACUACGAGGUGUUCGUCAUCCAGCCCAGCCAGGACAAGGAGGCCUGGUUCAGCAACCGGGAGCAGAUGCAGAACUUCGACAAGGCCUCCUUCCUGUCGGACCAGCCGGAGCCGUACCUCCCCUUCCUGUCCCGCUUCCUGGAGACGCAGAUGUUCGCCUCCUUCAUCGACAGCAAGAUCCUGUGCCACGACGACGAGGACAAGGAGCACACGCUGCGCGUCUUCGACCUGCGCGUCGACAAGGUCCGCAUGCUGAACGUGCGCACGCCCACCCUGCGCACCUCCAUGUACCAGAAGUGCGCCAACAUCGCCGAGUCCGAGAAGGCCAUUGAGAUGAGGGUGUCCAAGAUCGACCACACGGCGCUGCACCCCCACCUGCUGGACAUGCGCAUCGGGCAGGGCCGCUACGAGCCCGGCUUCUUCCCCCGCCUGCAGUCCGACGUGCUGUCCUCCGGCCCCACCAGCAACAAGUGGGCAAAGCGGAGUGCCCCUGCACAGUGGAGAAGGAAGGACCGGCAGAAGCAGCACGCUGAACACCUGUACCUGGAUAACGACCAGAGAGAGCAUUUUGAGUGUUUGUUCCCGGGGCUGCACUUCCUGUUGGCUCUGGAUUACUACUGGCUGUCGCAGUCCUUCAGGCCCUGUCUGAAGUCCGUGUCUGUGGACCUGAAGUACAUCCAGGAGGCUCGGAACCUGGGCACCACGAUCCGGCAGCCCAAGCUGUCCAACCUGUCCCCCUCCGUCAUCGCGCAGACCAACUGGAAGUUUGUGGAGGGCCUUCUGAAGGAGUGCAGGAACAAGACCAAGCGGAUGCUGGUGGAGAAGAUGGGGCGGGAGGCGGUGGAGCUGGGCCACGGGGAGGUGAGCAUCACGGGCGUGGAGGAGAACACGCUCAUCGCCAGCCUCUGCGACCUGCUGGAGCGCAUCUGGAGCCACGGCCUGCAGGUCAAACAGGGUAAAUCUGCGCUGUGGUCCCACCUGCUGCACUACCAGGAGGGGAAAGAGAAGAAGGAUGCCACGCCCGGUGGCCUGGGGCCUCCAGCGUUCAUCCAGGAGUCUGAGAGAAGGAAGUCUGAUGCCGGGUCUGCCAUGCCCCCCCUAAAGGUGUCCGUCAUACAGGACAUGAGACACAUCCAGAACAUCGGCGAGAUCAAGACGGACGUUGGGAAGGCGCGGGCUUGGGUACGCCUCUCCAUGGAGAAGAAGCUGCUGUCCAGACACCUCAAACAGCUGCUGUCUGACCACGAGCUGACCAAGAAACUGUACAAACGCUACGCCUUUCUGCGCUGUGACGAUGAGAAAGAGCAGUUCCUUUACCACCUGCUCUCCUUCAACGCCGUGGACUAUUUCUGCUUCACCAACGUCUUCACCACCAUCAUGAUCCCGUACCACGUAGUGGUCAUUCCCAGUAAGAAGCUGGGAGGCUCCAUGUUCACAGCCAACCCCUGGAUCUGUGUGUCCGGGGAGCUGGCAGAAACGGGGGUCCUCCAGGUUCCAAAGAACACCCUGGAAAUCACCUUUGAGUGCCAGAACCUGGGAAAGCUGACCACCGUGCAGAUGGGACAUGAUAACUCAGGGCUUUAUGCAAAGUGGCUGGUGGAGUGCGUGCUGGUGCGGAAUGAGAUCACGGGACACGCCUACAAGUUCCCGUGCGGCCGCUGGCUGGGGAAGGGCGUGGACGACGGCAGUCUGGAGCGCAUCUUGGUGGGCGAGCUCCUGACCCCCAGCUCAGAGAACGAGGAGCGCAUGUGCCGGACCCCCCCCAUGCAGCAGUCCCCUGGUAUGAUCCGUAGGCUGGUCACCAUCUCACCCAACAGCAAACCAAAGUUAAACACGGGGCAGAUCCAGGAAGGCGUGGGAGAGGCCAUCAAUGGGAUCGUUAAGCACUUCCACAAACCAGAGAAAGAGAGGGGCAGCCUGACCCUGCUGCUGUGUGGGGAGUUUGGCUUGGUCUGGGCCUUGGACCAGGUGUUCCAGCACGGCUUCAAGUCCCCGCGCCUCUUCAAGAACGUCUUCAUCUGGGACUUCCUCGAGAAGGCCCAGGCGCACUUUGAGAGCCCGGAGCAGAGGGAGGCGGCGCAGGACGAGAACCGGCAGACCAGGGCGCACAACUUCUGCCGCUUCAUGCGCGCCAUCAACAGCACACCCAGGAACAUCGGCAAGGACGGAAAGUUCCAGAUGCUGGUGUGUCUGGGAGCCAGAGACCACCUGCUGCACCACUGGAUUGCUCUCCUGGCGGACUGUCCAAUCACGGCGCAGAUGUACGAGGAGUCGGCGCUGAUAAAGGACCACUCGCUGGUCAACUCUCUGAUCAGAGUGCUGCAGAGCCUGCAGGAGUUCAACAUCACGCUGGAGGCCUCGCUCGUCAAGGGCAUACGGAUCUAGGCCCCCCCCUCUUCCGCCAGAGACCCCCUCCGGAGAGCCACGGGAAGGGACUGUUACAAAGGUUUACUGUUUAACACGGACGGAGACUUGAAAAAAAGGAGACCAUUUCUGGCUUAUUUUAAAGCUGCUCUUAAUGUUUGCCAUAUAAUAAGUGCAAUGAGCCUUUUAAAAAGAGAAAAAAAGAUGUGUCAUUAUUUUUUAUCCUCAACAAUGUGCUGUUAGACAUUUUUAAAAACAUGUUUUCUAUUAUUAUGAUUCAUAAAUGUUAUUUUGGUGAAGACAGCCCAUCUAUGUUCUGUUGUGUUAACAAAAUGAACACCUUUCUUUGUUGUUGUUAACUGCUGACAAUAGCUAUAUUUAAGAGGAAAAUAAGGAAGAUGAAGCUGUUAAUAUAUUUUCUGAAAGGAGCAGUAUUAUUUUGAUAUGUCUGUCAAGUUGCUUGCUCUGUUGUCAAAACUGUACAGUCAAUCAUCAUGCAGAGCGGAAAGCAAAUGUAGAAGUAUGCUUUAUAAGUACUAAUGAUAGGAGGGAAUGUCUUUUUUUACAGUGUAAAAAGAUGCAUUUUAAAUAGUUUUAUAUAUAUAUUCUGAUUGCAAGACUUGACCGUUUAAGGAAAGUCACUUGUCCAUAUUUUACAUAUCAUUCUACUCCUGUACGAAAGAGGCCCCUGCAGCUGUCAUUAUUAUGCCUGAUGCACAAUUGUAUUAAUUGGGAGCAGUAGUAAUCCAUUCCAAAUUAUGCUUCAAACUUUUAUCUAACUGUGCAACACGAGAGCACCCCAGCAUGUCUCCAGAAUAGCAGAGCUUCCGUCUCUCAGGCUAGAAGUGUUGGAGCUCCCGGCGUACUUGUAAAUACCUCUGAUCACAACUGAAGCCCCUCAGUUCAUAUGCACAGCUUUCCUUCUCUUAUGCACUCUGGGAUUUGGUGGCUGCUGACAAAGAAGGGGGAUUGUGGGUAAUGGCGGAACACCAUGGCCAUUGCGGGCGGAACAACAUGGCAUUCGUUGUUUGAUUAUUGUUUUUGAUUUGUAUUACUGGUUUUAUUCAAUUUCUUGCAAGCACAUGGAAGAUCCCAUUCUUUCCGAGUCUUAUAGCUCGUUUCAGGUGUCCUCAAUGAUCACCUGUUCUUUGAGCUACCCUCCAAAUUUCCCUCUCUCAUGCCCUACCAUGGUCUUCUCCUGGUUCUGCUAUGCAAUAUUCCCUGCACAGACAAAAGUAAGAUAAAUUGUGGAAUUCAGGAUGAUACAGGAAGUAGAUAAUUCUUCCUCUUGAUUUACUCCCUGAGCAGGAUUUUAAAAGUCACAGCAUUACUGCUUAACAGCAGAAGCACAUGUGAAUUUAGACAUUUUCAUUCCAGCGAUGCCCAGAUGGUGCUGGUUGUUAACCAGCCAGCAUUUUUCUGGCAUGGGCUUUUUGGAAGUGGGUCCGGGUGGGGGGAAUUGUUUUGAUAUAUUUCUUGACAGAGCUCUGUUACGUUAUGUAGUGUAAAAGAAGUGAGUAACUUGUGUACAGUGUAUAAAAUGUAAUAAAAGAGGAAAUUCUGGAUAUGUGUA